AUGCAAACAUCAAACUAUGGCUCGCUGCCAACAUCACGCUCCGCCGUUGUCUUGGGCAAUGAUGAGCGCCUCCGCAUCGAGCGCCAUCUGCCGCUGCCCGCACUGCGACCCAACGAGGUCCUGGUGCAGGUCAAGGCCGUGGCCAUCAAUCCAUGCGAUUACAAGAUGCACCAAAGGUUCCCCUGUCCUGGGGCGGUCGACGGUUGCGAUUUUGCAGGGGUGAUUGUCGGGGUCGGGCCUGAGGUCCUCAAGUUCGGACUUGGCGACAGGGUCUGUGGGGCAGUUCACGGCUCGAACCCUCUUCGGCCCGAGUCGGGCUCCUUCACCGACUACAUGACGUCCGAGUCCGAGUUCACGCUUAAAAUCCCAGCCGGCUUGUCGUUCGAACAGGCCGUGGGGAUGGGCGUGACAGGUAUAGGGACGUUGGGCAUGGCGUUGUUCAGGACGUUGCAGCUGCCGGGGAGCCUGGACCGGCCGGCGACGAAGCCGCGAACAGUGCUCGUGCACGGUGGUAGCUCCUCAGUAGGGACCAUGGCCAUCCAGCUUCUGCGACUACUCGGACACGUACCCAUAGCUACUUGUUCUCCCAAAAACUUUGCACUUGCCCGAAGGUUCGGCGCAGAGGAAGUCUUUGACUACAACUCUCCGGACUGCGCCGCAGCCAUCAAGGCCUAUACCAAAAACACACUGUCUUACAUAUUGGACCCUUUUACCGAUGCAAAGAGUGUGGAUCUCUGUUACAAGGCCAUGGGGCGCGCUGGAGGCCGCUACUGCUGUUUGGAGAUGUAUCCAGAGUACGUUCUCCAGCGCAAGUCGAUCAAGGUGGGCUUCGUGAUGGGCCCUCUUUUGCUGGGCCACCGGUUGGCGCUGAGCCAGGGCUACGAAAGGGACGAGGAUCCCGAAAUGCGCGCAUUCGGCGUGGAGUGGUAUAAGGACGUGCAGAAGAUGCUUGACCGGGGUCUGUUGAAACGGCACCCUAUCAAACUUUUGGGCGACAGUUUCGAGGCGUUGAUUGAGGGGGUUGAAAUGCUGCAGAGAAAAGAAGUUUCGGGGGAGAAACUGGUGGUUGCCCUCGACAGUGAACAGUCAAAGCCAGUUUUGACGAAGUAG